AUGAUGACGCAGAAAGUGCCUCCAGCGCCGUCGACUGAGAGGCAGGCGCAGAACCUUGCUGCCACCAGUGCCACCGUGAGCACCCCGACGUUCCAGUGGCGAAGGGACAGAUACCUAGUGGCCCUCUCUUUCAACAUCGCUGCCUUCCUGCUUCCAGCCCUGUACAGUACCCUGACCAAGCUUUGGGUUGCCAGGAUUGACUCCAGCAUGGUCGUCACGACAGACGUCUACACGUACAUGGCCACCAUCGCCGAGGUCAUCAACGAGGGUCUCCCCCGCGUUUCGUGGACCACCAUUGGUGACAAGCACUCACGCAAACGCAGCCAACGUCUAGCCUUGACGCAUACUCUCUUACUCGCGCAGUCCUUCCUAGGGCUCGUCCUUUCGCUCAUACUGCUCGGCGCCGCAGAGGCUUUCGCCAGGGGGUUCGUGCCUCUCGAGGUGCGCCAGCAGAGCAUCACUUAUGUGCGCAUCGGCAGCUUCUCGGUGUGCAGCGGUGCCAUCGAGGCUGCCAUUGGCGCUGCGACGAGGGCCCUCGACGAACCCGACGUCGCCCUGGUCUUGAGCUGUAUCAAGUUUGCCGUAAACAUUGUCCUCGACUUGCUGCUGAUCUCAACCUUCAAAGUUGGGAGCUUCGAGCCGACGGCGAAUCUACAGGCGGGCAUCCAUCUAGCCUGCAGUCUCGCAGCCGCUUUCGGCGCCCUCGCUUACUUUUUGUUCAAAAACUCGGUCCAGGAAAGUGGGAGAGAGCGGGUAGCGCCCAGUCUCUGGGCCCUCAAGAUCCUCCUUUGGCCGGCCAUUCCAACCUUUGUCGAGUCGGCCAUCCGAAACUCCUUUUAUCUGUGGCUCGUCACCACCAUCGUCUCCAUGGGAACCACCUACGCCACGGCUUGGGGCGUCUUCAACACCAUCCGCUGGGGCUUCGUCAUGGUCCCCGUGUCCGCCUUGGAAGCCACGACCCUGGCCUUUGUGGGACACAACUGGAGCCGCUGGCGGAGCGACAUUGGCAUCACCACGCUCCAGCCCCGGCCGAGUCUGGCGUCUUUGGGUCGAAUCACCCGUCCGGCAUUCGUCUCCGCCGUCCUGGCCCUCGCUUUCGAAGUGCCGCUUUGCAUCUCCAUGUAUUUUGUGGGUGCACACUCCUUCGCACGGUAUCUGAGCGGCAGCGAUGAAGUGGCUGAAGUGACCGCACGUAUGUGGAGAACGUUGGACUGGUGCUAUAUCGUGUACGCCGUGUCGACGCAAAUGAGUGCCAUCUUACUCGCGACGCGGCCUAAGUGGUAUCUGUGGCAGAGCUUGGCCAGCACGCUUUUAUACAUCCUGCCCUGGACCAUCGUCUGCCAGGUCGCCAAGCCGGAUCGGAACAGUGCCUGGACGUACCACGCGCUGACAUUUGGAGGGAGUCUGGUGUUUAGCUUCAUCUGCAUAAUGGCUGUCCUAGGACUAUGGGCGUGGACUUUAAGGACGGGGAGGGCGCACUUGGAGCAGGUCAGACUCCCGCCCGACAGUGCUUGA